AUUAGAUUAGUCUUGAAGACUGUUCUUGUGGAGAUUGGUAACCAUUUUUUUUUCUGUGAUUUAAAUGGUUAUGUGUUCUAUUUUUUAUUUUGUACGUUCUUGCUGCUUGUUUUAGAAAUGGUGAAGGAUUAGGGGACCUGUCAUCUAUGGUUUCAAGAUUAAAACAAAAAAGGCCGAAUUUCCGCCACAAGUUUUAGCCUUAGGUAGUGCAGUUAGGAGAAAUAAUUGGUUGGUAAUUAGUUUACAGGAGAGAAGAGAAGGAAGCAUGGAAUCUGUAUGUGAUUUUUGUGGAGUGGCAAGGGCAGUGGUUUACUGUAAACCAGAUUCAGCAAAGCUGUGCCUGCACUGUGAUGGAUGCGUGCAUUCGGCUAACUUUUUGUCGCGAAGGCAUCCGCGUUCGCUGCUAUGCGAUAAGUGCAGUUCACAGCCUGCAAUGGCACGGUGCUUAGAUGAAAAGUUGUCUGUUUGUCAAGGCUGUGAUUGCAGAGCAAAUGGAUGUUCAAUCUUAGGGCAUCAGCUUCGGGCGUUGAAUUGUUAUACAGGUUGUUACUCUGUGGCCGAGUUUCCGAAGAUUUGGUCAUCGGUUCUUCAGGGACCUUCUUCAGGAGCCCUUGAUUCAGGACGGGAUUCACUGAAUUCUGCGCCAAUAAAUGAGAAUUGCAUUAGUUGGUUGGAACAAGGGGAAAAUGAGGGAGAUCAAGUGACUCUGUUGCCAGAGGUGUCAAACCUGCCGAAGGAUAUUGGACUUUCUGAUGGUGAAGAUCUCUGUGAAGGUCUCAACAUGGAUGACAUACCAUUGGACUUCGAAAACAGUGAUGGAAUAUUUGGCUGUCCAGAAAGUCAUAACAGAUAUCCGUUUGAGGAUGUAGGAAAAGAUUGCAUGUUAAUGGAGAAAAACUUAUCAGUUACCGAGUCUAAUGGAUUUCCUGCUGGUACUGGACAAGUUCAUCCAAGCAUGUCGCUUUCACUAUCCAACAUAAUUGGUGAAAGUAGUGCUGCUGAUUAUCAAGAUUGUGGAUUAUCGCCAAUAUUUCUGACUGGUGAAUCACCAUGGGAAUCACAUUUGGAUGCUAGCUCUCCACACGCAAGAGACAAGGCUAAGAUGAGAUACAACGAAAAGAAGAAGACACGAACUUUCAGAAAGCAAAUCAGAUAUGCCUCUCGUAAAGCCAGGGCUGAUACUCGAAAACGAGUAAAAGGUAGAUUUGUUAAAGCUGGGGAAGCAUAAGAUUAUGACCCUCUUCUGUCAAGCAAUUUCUGAGCCAGAUUACUAAAUCGUUAUCCCUUUCCAUACAAGUG